GGGUCUUUGCCAAGGCGGCAGGGGCAGAUUUGAACUACUGCUCGGCUCAAGUGUCGUUAUUUUACCAAGCGAUGCAGGGAUUUUUUAUUUUUAUUUAGUUGAAAAGCAGAAAAGGGCGCAUCUGGAGCGAUGCGUAAAACCCGGUUUGUUUGCAAAGUUUCACCAAAACCUUCUUCAGCGGGCUUGAAGGAUGUUUCUGGGAUGGCCUGAGCGUUUCCCCCUGCAGGGUUAAGGUUUGCUCUGCCCGCGGCUCCGGGUUCAGGGGGAGACGGGAGCCCGGCGGAGAUAAACCCGGAGUGAUCCGGAGUUUGGACCGUUCCCGGUCCUGGUCCCGGUCCUGGUCCUGGUCCCGGUUCUGGUUUUUGCGCUCCGGCCGGCGGCGGAGGAGGAGAUGAGCGCUCAGGAUGGGACUGUGCCUCGGUACCGAAGUCUCGGAGGAGGAGAAGAGGGCGAGGAUCCACAGUGCCAAGAUAGACAGAGACCUGUACGAGGGCGCCAAGCGCGAGAUGAAUGUGGUUAAAAUCCUCCUUCUAGGUGCGGCGGAGAGCGGCAAGAGCACUUUGGUCAAGCAGAUGAAGAUCAUCCACAGCAACGGCUUCAACCAGCAGGAGUUAAGCAGCUUCAAGCCUGCGGUGCUGGACAACCUGCUGACCUCCAUGAAGUUUGUCCUCCACGGGAUGGGCAUCCUCCGCAUCAACUUGGCCAACAGCAGAAACAAGGUGCACGCCCAUUCGGUGCUGUCCUGCGGACGCUGCUUCGACGAGGAGCAGGUGCUGUUCCCCUUCGUGAGCCACGCCCUGUUCUGCCUGUGGGCCGACCAGGGCGUGAGGGCCGCGGCCGCCCGGGGAUACGAGUUCGAGCUGAAUGACUCGGCGCUGUACUUCUUUGAGAACAUGAGCCGCAUCACGUCCCCCGACUACGUGCCGUCAGAGACGGACGUCCUGCGAGUGCGGCUGAGGACGACGGGAGUCAUCGAGACGCAGUUCAAAGUCAACCACCUCAUUUUCAGGAUGUACGAUGUUGGAGGCCAGAGGACGGAGCGCAGGAAGUGGAUCGGCUGCUUCGAGGACGUCCGGGCGGUGCUGUUCGUGGUGUCGCUCAGCGGUUACGACAUGACGCUGAUGGAGGAUUCGUCGACGAAUCGUCUUCAGGAGAGCAUGAAGCUCUUCUCCUCCAUCUGCAACAACGUGUUCUUCCGCAGCACGUCCAUGAUUUUAUUCAUGAACAAGAUAGACCUUUUCCAAGACAAGAUUUUACACUCUGGACGGCAUCUGCGCUUGUAUUUACCACAAUUUAAAGGCGCGGACUGCGACGUGGACUCGGCCGCACGCUUCAUCGCCGCCACCUUCGUCUCGCUCAACGCCACGCCCGACAAGCUCAUCUACCACCACUUCACCACGGCGACGGACACCUCCAACAUCCAGGUGGUCUUCCAGGUGGUCAUGGACACGAUAAUCAAAGAGAACCUGGAGGCGGUGUCGCUGCUGUGACGGCCGGGAGGAGAACCCUCACUGAAAUCCGGACGUCUCGUUUUAAAAAGCCUGAAACAGCACAAAAAGGCGCCGGGUAGCAGAUGAAGAUCAUCUGCCUCCCGACAGCAGCCGCCUGGGAGCUCACAGGAUCGGUGCUGUGUGACUUUUGAAUCUGAGCUCUGAGAAAACUAAUGGAAACAAAUGGAAGUUGAAGAUUUCUUUGUUUUGACUCUCAGACCUGGUGUUGAAAUCAAUGGCUGUUAUUACUUUUCCAGUGACUGUGCCAUUUCUUUGCACCUUCAUGUGCGUGAGGGGGCGAGGAUUUAUUGUUUGUUCGUUAACCUCCUCAGUCCACUCAUGCAUAUACCAUCGUGUGUUUUCCACUCAUCCAUCAACGUGUCUCCGGCGUGCGGAUCUCGUGCGUCACAUCCUCCUAAUGAGGCGCUGAUCACUGUUAGUGUUUAUCUGACCUCCGCACGAGGUGCCUUUUAACCCGCCUCUCCAGCCAUGCGGUGUGCUACUUUAUAAGACUUUGGACUGGAAAUGGAAUCGUAUUAAAGCAAAUAUUUAUCCCUGAAGCAUCUCGUGAUUGUUCAUCUGCCGUUUAUGGAGGCAUCAGCCUCGUUUUGUGGAGUGGGAUGAUGACUCCUGUAUGAGGUCUGGGUGGCAUUAAACUCUGGUGGAGUUUGUUAUGACGCCCCCCCCCC